UCCCCACUCAAAAUCCUAUCCCAUUUGAUAUUUUCCUUGGAUCCCAUCAACUCUUUCGCAUUCUUGUUCUUCCUAUCUGAGAUUCUUGGAUUAAAAUGGUGCGUCUGAGUAACAAUUUAGUGGGACUUCUGAACAUCAUCACUCUCCUUCUGUCGAUCCCGAUCAUUGGAGGUGGGAUAUGGCUGUCGAAACAGGCGAACACCGAGUGCGAGCGGUUUCUAGAUAAGCCUGUGAUCGCGUUAGGAGUGUUCAUUUUGCUGGUGUCCAUAGCGGGGUUGGUGGGCUCUUGCUGCAGAGUUUCUUGGCUUCUGUGGCUGUAUCUGUUGGUUAUGUUCUUGUUGAUUGUUUUGCUGUUUUGCUUCACGAUUUUCGCGUUUGUGGUUACCAAUAAGGGUGCUGGUGAGGCCCUUUCUGAUAAAGGGUACAAGGAAUACAGGCUUGGAGACUACUCCAAUUGGUUGCAGAAAAGGGUCAACAAUCACUGGACCAAGAUCAGGAGUUGUCUGGUUGAUAGUAAGAUUUGCCAGAAGCUUCUUGAUUCUGGCUCAACCCCUGUUGAAGAUUUUUACAAAGAACACCUCUCUGCUCUUCAGUCUGGUUGCUGUAAGCCAUCGAACGACUGCAACUUCCAGUAUGUCAGCCCGACAAACUGGACUCAGACCCCGACAUCGUCCUUGCAGAAUCCCGACUGCAGUACAUGGAGCAACGACCCGAACGCCCUCUGCUACAACUGCCAAUCAUGCAAGGCCGGGCUGCUUGACAACAUCAAGAGCGACUGGAAGAGAGUGGCCGUUAUCAACAUCGUAUUCCUCGUCUUCCUCAUCAUCGUCUACUCCGUGGGAUGCUGCGCGUUCAGGAACAACAGGGAGGACAAUUCUUGGAAACGAUAUCCUUGAACGUGGUGAGGGUGACAGUGUGUGUUUGAGUAGAGAGAUCAGGAGAGAGUUUUCGACUCUCCUUCUGAUUUCUUGCACUUUACAUAUAAACCUGCUGGAUCAUUAGAUGUACAGUGCAUUUUUUUCUUCAUUUUCUUUGGGUUCUUGCAACCCAUAUUCAGACCAUAGAUUUCGAUCAUAUCUUUGUUUGGAUAUUUCUUGUUAGCUCAUUGUACUAUUCGUCGUCUAUGCUCUAGUUUGAUUCCUCUGCGUAUC